AGUGAAAGUACAGUUAAAAGCAAAGCAAACAUACUCUUUAGCUGAGGUCAUUCAUGUGCCCAGACUCCUCAGGCUACUCUGGCAUUGUGAAUGCCAUUUUUUGAGCCUCCAGUAUGAAUAGAAGAAAAACAAGUAAUAAAAGAUUCAAAAAGUCUACAAGGAGAUUCCAAGGAAGAACCUACAGUUGAGGAUAAGGGAGAGCAUCUUCUGAAAUCUGCCCGGUCAGAUGUGCUGAACUACCAUGAGGAAUUAUUGUUUAUGACCUGAGAGUGUAGUCUCUCAAGGCAUGCCUGGAUAUUCCAUCCUGUAUUUCUUCCUGCUGAGUGUUAUGAUUGACCUGGGGCAAACGUGCUUCUGUGAUCACUUCCCCUGGACUCAGUGGUCCAGCUGCUCAAAAACAUGCAAUUCUGGAACCCAGAGCAGACAGAGACAAAUAGUAGUAAAUAAUUACUAUUGGGAUAACUCAUGUGACCAGCUUUGCACCAAGCAGGAGACCAGAGAGUGUAACUGGCAAAAAUGUCCUAUCAACUGCAUCCUGGGAGAUUAUGGGCCCUGGUCAGACUGUGACCCUUGUCUUGAAAAACAAACUAAGGUUAGAUCUAUCUUGCGCCCUAGUCAGUUUGGGGGACAACCAUGUACUGAGCCCCUGGUGACCUUUCAACCAUGUAUUCCAUCUAAACUCUGCAAAAUUGAAGAGGUUAACUGCAAGGAUAAAUUCCGCUGUGACAGUGGGCGGUGUAUUGCCAGCAAGUUAGAAUGCAACGGAGAAAAUGACUGUGGAGACAAUUCAGAUGAAAGGGCAUGUGGAAGAAAAAAGCCAGUGUGCCCGCGGACGUACACCCCGAUCCCUAGUGUACAAUUGAUAGGCGCGGGAUUUCAUUUUCUGGCAGGAGAUCCCAGAGGAGAAGUCCUUGAUACUUCUUUCACUGGAGGAAUAUGUAAAACUGUCAAAAGCAGUAGAACAAGUAAUCCAUACCGCAUGCCAGCCAACCUGGAAAACGUCAACUUUGAGGUCCAAACUGAAGAAGAUGAUUUGGAAACAGAUUUCUACAAGGAUUUAAUUCGUUUUGAAAAGAAUGAAAAUAAAAAAGCCUCAGUGAGCGGUAAAAAGAAAAGUGAUUUUCAUGUACCAAUUUUUUAUUCCUCAAAGAAAAAUGAAAACUUUAAACAUAACUUGGCUUUCAAAGAAGCCAUUCAAGCCUCCCACAAAAAGGAUUCUAGCUUUGUUAGAAUCCAUAAAGUGAUAAAAGUCUUAAACUUCACAAUGAAAGCUGAGGAUCUGCAUCUCUCUGAUGUCUUUUUGAAAGCGCUUAACCGUCUGCCUUUAGAAUACAACUUUGCUUUGUACAGCCGAAUAUUUGAGGACUUUGGAACUCACUACUUUACUUCUGGAUCCCUGGGUGGAGUAUAUGACCUUCUCUACCAGUUUAGCAGUGAGAAGUUAAAGAACUCAGGUUUAUCAGAGGAAGAAAUCCGAAACUGCAUGCGUAUUGAAACACGGAAACGCUAUUUAUUUUUUAAGAAAACAAAAGUGGAAGAGCACUGUACCACUAACAAGAAGUCAGAGAGCUAUGAAGGUUCAUUUUUGCAGAAAGCAGAGAAAUCCAUAUCCCUGGUUCGAGGUGGGAAGAGCAGUUACGCAGCAGCUUUGGCAUGGGAGAAAGGAAACUCUGUUCCAGAUGAGAAAGUACUUUCUGAGUGGUUAGAAUCAGUGAAGGAAAAUCCUGCUGUGAUUGACUUUGAGCUUGCUCCCAUCACAAACUUGGUCAGAAACAUGCCCUGUGCGGUGACAAAACGGAACAAUCUCAGGAAAGCUUUUCAAGAAUACGCAGCCAAGUUUGACCCUUGCCAUUGUGCUCCGUGUCCAAAUAAUGGCCGUCCCACCCUCUCAGGCACCGAAUGUUUGUGUGUGUGUCAGAGUGGGACCUAUGGCGAGAACUGCGAGAGGCGGUCUCCGGAUUAUAAAUCUGAUUCAGUAGAUGGGAACUGGGGCUGCUGGUCUUCCUGGAGUGUGUGCAGUGCUGCUUAUAAGAGAUCAAGAACCCGACUGUGCAAUAACCCUGCCCCCCAACAAGGAGGCAGAUACUGUGAGGGGGAGGAGCAGCAAGAGGAGGACUGCACCUUUUCAAUAAUGGAAAAUAGUGGUCAGCCAUGUAUCAGUGAUGAUGAAGAGAUGAGAGAGGUAGAUCUUCCUGAGACAGAAGCAGAUUCAGGGUGUUCUCCACCUGUUCUUCCAGAAAAUGGAUUUAUCUGGAAUGAAAAGAAACUAUACUCGGUUGGGGAAGAAGUUGAAAUUUCAUGCCUAACUGGAUUCAAACCUGUUGGGUACCAGUACUUCAUUUGCUUACCAGACAGGACCUGGAGGCGAGGAGACAUGGAAUGCCAGCAAAUGGCAUGCCUCAAGCCAGUUAUACCAGAAAUGCUGACGCUCUCCUCCUUUCAGAGAGUAUACAGAAUUGGUGAAUCCAUUGAACUGACUUGCCCCAAAGGCUUUAUGGUUGCUGGCCCAUCCAGGUACACAUGCAAGGGGAAUUCCUGGACACCACCCAUUUCAGAAUCACUUACCUGUGAAAAAGAUAUACUGACAAAAUUAAAAGGCCCUUGUCAACCAGGACAAAAACAAUCAGGAUCAGAAUGCAUUUGUCUGUCUCCAGAAGACUGUAGUCAUUAUUCAGAAGAUCUCUGUGUAUUUGAUACGGACUCGAAUCAUUACAUUACUUCAUCCGCUUGUAUGUUUUUGGCCAAGAAGUGUUUAAAUAGUCAACAUCUCCAUUUUCUCCAUAUUGGUUCCUGCCAAGAAGGUGUACAGUUAGAAUGGGGUCUUGAAAGGACAAAACUUGCAUCCAAUAGCACAAAGCAAGAAUCCUGUGGCUAUGACACCUGCUAUGACUGGGAAAAAUGUUCAGCCUCCACUUCCAGUUGUAUCUGCCUGUUGCCCCCUCAGUGCAUCAAAGGUGGAAACCAACUCUACUGUGUCAAAAUGGGGUCAUCAACACUCAAGAAAACAGUGAACAUCUGUGAAGUGGGAGCUGUGAGAUGUGCAAAAAGAAAAGUGGAGAUACUGCAUCCUGGGAGGUGCCUGGCCUAGCACAAUUAUUGACAAAUGGAUCUACUAUGCAAAAGAAACCCUUACAGAAGGACGUUUUUGUUCAGAGAGCAUGCUAGCAUGGUCAGAAAUUACUGACAGAAAUUCUUUGGUGUUAGUUUCUCUCCCUCGUCCAGCAUCCCCUAUUCAGUCAGUACCAGUCCAUGUCACCCCAUAAUAUGUCCCUGAGUGACAACUCCAACUCCAUAUCAGUCUAGUAAGUGUUCUUGUUCAUAUUUCAUAAAAAUAAGGAUAAUUCUAAGGACCUUAUGAAGCAUGUGGUAUUAAGCAUUCUCACAGUAAAAAACAAGAGUAAAAACCAUAAUUUUCUUCAGUGAGUUAAUAAAGAAAUUUACAGUGUCUAUAAAACACAUUCUGGAAACCUAACCAUCAUAUAUUCACUCAGCAAAUAAUUUCUAAGUGUCUAUAAUUUGCUGAGCACUGUUAAAAGUCCUAAGAAAACAGGUGAAACCCGUUGCUUUAAGUUCAUAUUCGGAUGGGAUUAGACAUACAAAAAAUAACUGAAAAGUAUGUAAUAUGAUUGAUGUUGAUCAUUGCUAUGGAGGAAAUACACCAGGGAAGGGUGAGUGCCAUCCUUAAGCAUCAUUUUAUGCAAUAAAAUAUUCCACAGUAAUAAAUAUCACUAAGUAUGAUUGGGCUCAAGUGGGAAUCACCUUAUUUAAAAUAGUUAAACAUCUUUUCUGAUGUUUUCUCAUUUCCCUUCCUUCCUUUCCCCUUCCCUCCUCCCUAGUACCUUUUCCUUUUGAACAAUUUCUUCCUAUUUCACAAUAUCUAUUAUAAAAUCAGAGAAGAAGGAAAAAAUGGAAACAAAUCUUUUGUAAAUAAGGAAGGGAAGUGGGAUUGAAAGGAGGGGAGGGGAAUGAGGAAAAAAGAGUCAAGAUAUACAUGUACAGUUAUAAAGUCCCUAUGAUGAAGGUAAUCAUUGUGUAUAUCUAAAAUGUACCAAUAAAAUAAAUUUUUAAAAGAUAAUCUUCUGAGGUUUCAUUCUCUGAGGUAAGAGAAAAGAGAAUUCCUUCACCUCAGCCAAAAUAUGUCACAAAACUCAACCCAAAGUGUAUAAUGCAAAAAACAAUGCAUGAGAAUCCUGAAGGAAUUAUUUGUAAAUAAAUCAAAUCUUUUUAUUGAGCCAUAAA